AGGAAGCAACUGCGCAGACAGUAGUAAUAGAGGAAGCACAGUAUAUAAAAGCAGAAGUAGAAGAAACGACAGAGAGCUCAUACAACACGGAACAACAGCAAGACAGGUAUCAUCCAUCCAUCCAUCUCAGGUGGUCACACAUUGACAAAGACGAUGGGUCACGGGGACAUCACGAAGGUUGACACAUCCGGGGCAUCCAAAAAAACAGCUGGGCAAGAUAGGCUGCCAUACGACGGUGUGCCGGCGUCCAACACCAUGGCACAAACGGAUGUGGGCAGGAUGAACAAUUACAAGGUCAUCAUCCAGAAAGUAGCAGCGCAAAAGGGAAUUGAUCCCGCCAUCAUCGCUGGCAUCAUCUCCAGGGAGUCCAGGGCUGGAAACGUACUGAGGAGUGGCUGGGGAGACAACGGCAACGCCUGGGGACUCAUGCAGGUCGAUAAGAACUAUCACACCCCACGAGGUGGAUGGGACAGCGAGGAACACCUCAGCCAAGGCACGGAUAUCCUGAUCGGCUUCAUCAAUCAGAUCAAGAACAAGUUCUCCGGCUGGACUGCGGAGCAGCAACUCAAAGGCGGGAUCGCGGCCUACAACACUGGUGUGGGAGGCGUGCAAACCUAUGAAAGGAUGGACGUGGGCACCACCGGAGACGACUACUCCAGUGACGUCGUUGCCAGAGCUCAGUGGUACAAAAGCCAAGGAGGCUUUUAGUCCUUGUCAACUAUGAAUAAACACGAGUCAAACCUGGA